AUGGCUGGUUUUUAUAUGCAGUACCUGGAAAGCCUCUGCCGCCGCCGUGGAUGGACGGACCCCGCCUACGAAUGUUACCGCGACAUAAAUGGCUUCACGUGCCACGUCCUUGUCAACGGACGCGAGUACCAGACCGAUCUGUCGUACGAGUCGGAUGGGCUGGCCCAGGAAAACGCUGCCAUGCGUGCGUUCAUGGUCUGCCGCAACUUUUCCGUCAACGGGGGCAUGCUGGCCCGCAACGGCAUCGUCCAAGGUCUGCCCGCCGCCGCAGAGAGCAGUCGACGACGGAGGAGCCGCCACACGACGUCGUCUCGCGACAGCUCCGACCAGGGCAGUGGAGGGCGACGGUCGGGUCACCACUCAAGCAGCAGCUCGACUGCUUCGUUUGAUUAG